AUGACCUUGAAGAGCAGUGAAGAUUGCUUGUUGAAUAAUGUAGAAGCCUUAGCACCUUUAGGCAAAAAGAUAUGCCUAAUAUUUCUGAUUUUUAAGGAAGCUGACCCAGACAGCUUCAUAAGUAUUUAUGCCACGAACGACGUGGGCUUGAACUGUGCGGGUCCACUUCUAUGUGGACAUUUUCAACAGGGAUCAGUUCUGGAGCCAGAAGGGACAGUAGAAAUCAAAUUCCGCAGAAAGGAUCUGGUGAAAACCAUGCGUCGGGUGGACCCCGUCUACAUCCACUUGGCUGAGCGAUUGGGCACCCCCGAGCUAAGCGCGGCCGAGCGGAAGGAGCUGGAGAGCAAGCUGAAGGAGCGGGAGGAAUUCCUCCUUCCCAUUUACCACCAGGUAGCCGUGCAGUUCGCUGACCUGCACGACACGCCGGGCCGGAUGCAGGAGAAGGGUGUUAUCAACGACAUCCUGGAUUGGAAGACAUCCCGCACCUUCUUCUACUGGAGGCUGAGGCGUCUCUUGCUGGAGGACCUGGUCAAGAAGAAAAUCCACAACGCCAACCCCGAGCUGACCGACGGCCAGAUCCAGGCCAUGUUAAGGCGCUGGUUUGUGGAAGUGGAAGGGACAGUGAAGGCCUAUGUCUGGGACAACAACAAGGACCUGGUGGAGUGGCUGGAGAAACAGCUGGCAGAGGAAGAUGGCGCUCGCUCGGUAAUAGAGGAGAACAUCAAGUACAUCAGCAGAGACUACGUCCUCAAGCAGAUCCGCAGCUUGGUACAGGCCAAUCCAGAGGUUGCCAUGGAUUCCAUCGUCCACAUGACCCAGCACAUCUCGCCCACUCAGCGAGCAGAAGUCGUUCGGAUCCUCUCCACGAUGGACUCCCCGUCAACGUAGGAAGAGCUUUCUGCCCACCCCUGCCCUGCCUCCGGAGAAAAGGGCUAGAGCUGCCUUUCACACCUGAAGCCACUGUAAUUAGAAGGCACAGGAGACCAGCACUGGAAUCAAAGUGGCAUUUUGCUUCCCCUCGAUGUUUUCAGGUUACGCAUGACAUACUGGGACGUAGGGUCACAAGCCCCCACUCCAGCCCACCGGUCACACCUACCCCGUUCAGUAUUUAUUAUUACCCUGGCUGUGACGGCAGUCCUCUCUCCCUGCCCAGGACCCAAGAAGGCAAUGACGGGUACAAGCACGUACCCAGAGGUCUUACUACACCCAGCAAGGCCACCCUCCUGUCCUGCCCGCCCCUCGGUCCGGCCCCGGCAAGUGGGAGCUGUUGCCCGGCAGUCAGCAGCCCGCGCUCGCCCCUGGCCCCGUGAGCCUGCAGCCACCGGCAGCAGAGGAGGGCCGGGGCUGAGGCCACAGGCCCAGCAGCAGGCAUGGGAGAGGAGGAAGCCUCGGGUCUGUUGUUUCUCACCCCACACUCAGCCCGGUCCACACCAGGCACCCAGUUUCAUCACACCAAGGUACUGCUUAUGAAUAAAAAUCAGAGCAUGAAAUCUGCAAGCUCCAUGGAACUCAAAGAUGAGGGCAAAACCACGAUCCAAGAAGCAGAGAAAGCAAAGAGUCCAAGUCACUGUUGUCGAUUUAGGGGCCUCACCCGGGGGCUCCCUUCUCAGAACAAGCGCAGAGAUGGUUGACCUGCCACUGCCCCGAGUGCCGCUGCUCGGCUAGCUGAGAUGCCCGGGGGUCCCGCUGGCAGUGCCGUAGCCCGAGUGGGCAGAGGAGGAGCCAGGCGAGCUGCCCUUCCCGUCACUGACGGAAAGUAGUCGCCACGCGACAGCGAGUGCGGGGCAGCCAGUCUCUCUUUAGGACGCGGAAGGUUGUUACUAUUAAGCCUGGAGCUUUGAUCGUUACAGGAGGUUAAUGGUGCCUACAGGGCCAUCGUCUCUGUUUCUGGGGCCACUCUUCCUGCAGCUGACACUCUUACUCACUUUGGGUCUCGUCUCUUCCUUGAAUGUACACAGGCACAGCCGGUCUCCCCACAGCCACGGAAAGGAGCCCUGGUGACAUCAGUGCUCUCGGCGCUGGGAACUGGCCUUCCCCGCUUUGGGGAGGCUUCCAGGGAACACAGAAUCCAUGUGACCUUAAGAUUAUCCACAACCCCAUCAUGGUGCUGCUGUCUUCCAGGCCCACGGGUCCCUCCCUGGCCUCCUCAUGGGUGAUGGAGAGUUUAUUUUCAACAACCAGUUUAUUCAAGGAGAGAGCUGACUGAUCCCCCCGUCGGUGUUCCUAAAGCAAGAGUGGCAGGUGAUCAGGGCUGGGGCGGCAUCCGGUUCCUACAGUGCAGCUAACUGCACUUGUCACUGAUGACCAAGGGGGACGUCACUACGACGUCUGAGAAGCAGCAGCACGAAUACUUCCGGACGAGCUACGGUUUUGAGCCUUAACCCUACAGUUCACGCACAAGGAAGAGCUCCACUCCUCUCCUCGGGAACUGUGCAGAUGGGCACCGUGCGGCUGGAUGGGUUGCCACCUGCCCCCGGGAGCCUGGAGCCUCGGCCCGGUGCCAUCCAAGCCAAGAAGGGCGGGAGAAGGUGGGGAACAAUUUCCAGUCCAGGAAGCACGUCCACUGUUGCUGGUGUUCGCUUACCCAGUAAGUGUGGAUUCACCUUUGACCAGAUAAUUCCUCUACACUUUUCUACAAUAAAUAAAACUCCACACGCCUACAGGUGGUGUGGAGUCCUGUGCUUGCCCUGGCAUUUCUUCGGGGCAGAGGGCGGGUGACACUUGUUUACCUCCCCCCAGCCCCCAACAAAAUUAUGACACAUUAAAUGAAUACAUUUAGUCUCUAGAACUCGGCGAUGCUCACCACCCCCCCAUCCCCAGGGCACCUCACUUUAGGUCUUACCUGGCCAGGGCUCUUUCCCAUGGAGAAGUCAGGAAGAGACACAGCCCGUCGUUACACACACGAGGUUACCGAGGCAGGAGGAGGGUGAGCGAUGUAUCAGCUGAGACCCGCCUGAGCUAGGAUCACCACGUUGUCCGCUCACUUCGGUCACAAAGCAGCCUUCACGUGUCUCACUGAGCAUUCGAUGGACGCACAGCCUGAUGAGCAAGGAGCUUCAGUCAAAUGUAUUCUUUUCAUGUUUUGUUGAAAUAAACCUCCACGUUUGUAGAUGA